AUGGGCUCCCAUUCUCCCGAAGGAGGCCACAGAUCUCGCCGUACCAAAUAUGCGGAUGAUGCUCCGGACGGCAGAGACAGUGGCAGAAACGAGAGGAAAGAUGGCUUUUACGAUAAAAAAUUCGACGACAGCGCUUCCCGGCGGAAUCGGUCCCGGGACAGGAACAGCCGAAAACGAUCGAGGACCCCCGAUCUGGACGAUCGGCGGUCUCGAUCAAGAGAAAGAGCGAAGAAGAGAGACAGAGAUGGUGACAGAAAUAGAGGCAGGGGUACGCGCAGAGAUAGGGACAGAAGCAGUGAGAGAGCCGGCAGACACCACCGUUCAUUCGGCAGGGACCGGCCCAGACAGCGGAGCCAGGACAGCAAACGCUCGCGUAGAGAGUUGAGACGCGAAGAGGAUGACAAGCCCGACAGACCGGACAGCAAGCGAAGUAUUGUCAAACGCAGCGGCCCCCUGCUCUCUCAGGGUGACACAUUCGCCAUCAGCAAUGGUGAAGAGCCCGAGAUACCCAAAGAGAAGCCAAACUUUGGGAAUUCGGGAGCGUUAGCUGCCGCAUCUAACUCGGUUGCGCAGGCUGACGGGAGUACAAUCACACUGAAAUACCACGAGCCACCCGAGGCCAGGAAGCCGCCUCCGCGAGAUGUGUGGAAAAUGUUUGUUUUCAAGGACUCAAACAUUGUCGACACAGUCGAGCUCAGUCUGCGCAGUUGCUGGCUGGUAGGCAGAGACACGGCCGUCGUGGACCUUCUUGCCGAACACCCAACUAUCAGCAGCCAGCACGCCGUGAUACAGUUCCGCUAUACCGAGAAGCGGAACGAGUUUGGCGACAAAAUUGGCCGGGUAAAACCCUACUUGAUCGACCUUGAGAGUGCCAACGGCACGUCUCUUAACAGCGAAAAGGUCCCCGAAAGCCGCUAUCUGGAGUUGAGGAGCAAGGACAUGGUCAAGUUCGGCCUGAGCACAAGAGAGUACGUGCUCGUACUCGCUCCCAAAGAGUGA